GCACUGAAUCAGAAAGAAAAAGUUUAAAGAUCGCGGAAAGAAAAUGGAGUUCCACAAAUCAUAUGAUUGCCCAAACUAUAAGUUUGGAGCCGAAAGGGUUACGAAACAUUGCAUUUGUGAGAGGAAGCGCGAGAAUGUGAUUGUCUGCAAUCGCUGCAACCAAUCUUUUGUGGGUCGCAUUUCGCAACGCUGCCCAAAACAUCCCGAAGUGACUUUUCUUAUGGACGCCCGUCAAUGCGCUUUCUGCGGUGCCCAUUCAAAUUACUUGCAAGUAUCCGAGGGCAAACGUUAGAAGAUAUUACAAAAGAAAAACGCUGUUCGUUGACGAAUAUAUUGCCAUAUUUACUCAAAUACAUAAGCACUAUGUAAAUUUACAAGUAAAUUAACAUAAUUGUGAUUAAACUGUGUUUAAACUUGCAAAUAUAUAUCCUAUCAUGGUUUCUACUACAUAAUAUGAAGAAAAAA